AGCACUAAGUCUGCCACAACGGCACGGAGUUGAAAGGCGACUAGAAAACGUUCCUCAGCAAAGUGACAAUUUUUUGUGGAAAACAUAUUAUUUUUAAAUUGGAAAAUGUAUUAGACUCUUCAGAAGUCCUCACCAAAGGCGUUGUGUUGAAAACUCCUGGCAGAAAUUACAAAUAAAGCAAUAAAAAUGUGUUUAGUGUAAAGUGCCCACCACAGUUCCUUGUCUAAUGGCUGUAUAGUCUUUCAGUGUGUCUGGGUGAAAAUCAAUCUUAAAUCAUUUGUAAUACCACAAAAGAUCUUAAACCCUUUAGCUUAAGCCCAAAAUAAACGGUGUUUGAAAAUGUACCGCAUAAGAUUGUUCGGAAUUGUUUGCGGUAAAUGAAAUUAUUCAUCAAUAGAAAAUACUAAAACUGCAGAAAAAUACACUAUUUGCGCCAGUUUGCUUUGGUUUUUCUCUCUAUCAUAGAAAUAAGUGCAUAAAAGAGACGGGGAAAGUAUACGAUGCGCACUAGCCAUCACCGUCAUUACCAUCUAUGCAUUGGGAAAUCUUACGAAUAUCAGUGUAAAGUGUAAACACAUAAAAAACUAAUAGAUAAACGUAAAUUUGUUUUCAUUGUGAACAUUGCAAGUUUUUGUUGUCGCUUGCAAAUGCAAAUUUCACCACUCACUUUAAACGGACUGCCAAAAUUUUCUAUAUUUGACAUUUCCACCACACAAAUACAAAAUUUCUUUUGUUCGCCUUCGACUACAAAACGACGACGGCAUUUGAAAGAAACUAAGGUUGCAUACCGCCUUUUGUGUAAUUGAUGCAACAACUGCAUGUGCGUGAUUUUAGAAAAAAGUGAAUAUCAAAUGUACAAAUAAAAGUAUAAGUGAUAGCGAAUAUUAUCAAUAGUGUUUACAAUGUGGUGCAAGCAGUACAAUAUAAUAAAAUGAGGAAGAAACGAAAUUAUACCAUAGCAUUGCUGCCGCUAAUAUCGCUUUUACCCUUCCGUUUCCAAAAGCCGUGAACCGUCGCAACGUCUGGCAGAAACAGUCAUAGGGUUCGGUCUCGUGGUAUCUUUCACACUUGCCCCUCCGUGCCGCGCUGGUCGUGUACUACCGACAACAUUGCAUGCUGCACGUACACUGCUGCUGUUCCGUCGAAUAGUGAUAUUUUUCGUGGACAGACAGUGCAUUUGAGAAAAUUGUGAAAUGUUUAAAUCUUAAAUAUAUAUGUAUGUAUGUAAUCAAUUUAGACACCUAACAACGAAAGUCCGUCACUAUCCCAGAACAUCAGUUCAAAUGCUAAAGUUCAUUCACACCCCACUGCAAUAGAAAUUCACUCAGCGAAGUUUAAGCUUGUAAUCAUCGUCAUUUUUCUGCAGAAAAUUUAAAACAAAAAAUUUGCCAAUGAGUCGACGACAGUCGCUUGACCGACCAGGAAUAUUGUCUCCUCCGGGUCCGUUUUUAACGCCGAGUCCGUCGCCAUCAAUAUCAGCUAGUCCGCGCUUGCAACCGUCGCCCUCAUUGUCGCCAUUUCCUCAAGAUGUUUUACUCGUAGCUGGUAAUACAAUCACUAACGCCACACACGAUCAGGAACGAAAAACUGCCACACCGGGACGCAGACAAUCGUUGCAUCAGUUCACAAAUGGAAGUCCGAACGCCGGCACCGUUGUAUUCCAACCAAGUCCAUCGCAGUCACCAGCGGCAGCGACCAGUGUUAUUGGUGUGACAGCCGGUGUAGGUGGCGCAGCGAUUGCGGCAACAACACCAGCUGCUGGUAAUGAAUUCAACACAACGCUUGUUGGUUCCAAUAAUAUACAAUUGAAUAAGAAGGGCAAUAAGCGCAUCACUCAGCAACAGCAGCAGCAAUUACAACUACAACAACAACAUCAACAACAGAAUCAACUAAAUCAACAGCAUCACCAAAUAUUCAGCAGUGCUGUUACACCAACAACUUGCCACACUGCGUCUUCGAUCUCGAAUACUGUAGCCGGCGGCUAUGGGCAAUCACAUGCAGCAGCGAUCAAUACGUCGAGUUCGUUUGCGGCAGCAAAUGUGGCUGGUUGCCCAAAAGGUCAAGCGAAAAAAGCCGCCGCCGCCACAGUACUACCAACGUCAUCGACGUCCUUAAGUCAGCAACAACAACAACAACAACAGUUCCAACACUAUCACAACAAUAGUCCGCUGAUAGCUGACAGUCCAAUACCGAGUCCUAGCAAUACAAUUACCGCCGCCACAAUAAAACCGUCAACACCACAACCAAUGCAAAUGUUGCAACAACAAUUCACUAUAACCGGCAAUGCGCCACAUCAAACAAAUCAGCCGCAACAACAUACGCAGCAGGUCUUUCAAAUUAUCCAAGGUCCGCAGGGGCAAAUCGUUGCGGCGCCGGCGGGUCAACAGCAUACGCUGCAACAACGACUGAUAGGCAGCACCGCAACAGUUCAAACCCAUCUGGCGCCGACGUCGUACAGCAGUCUUAACAGUACAACAACGAAUUCAAACACAAAAGCAACAAAGACGCCGCAACAAAUACUGCCAAAGCCACAGCAACAAUCCUGCAAUGAUGCCAGUCAAAAUCAACAACAACAACAACAGUCACAGCAACAAAAAGGUAAAGGUGGUAACACGGCUACCGCCACUGUACACAGUCAUACCAACAAUAUGGCGCAAAUGCCCCAAAUCUCACAGUCGCCGCAACCGCAACAGGCACAGCUCAGUAAUUCGGGUGGUUCCGCGCAACAGCAGCAAAUAUUGCUGCCAAAUGGCGCUACAGCCAGUCUGACAACACAACAGCCAUUACUACUCAAUCAAAUGCCCGUUCUAGUACAACAAAAUACACCGCAAGGCGUGCAAUUGAUACUGCGACCGCCCACACCCCAGCUAACGGCUGCGCCCUCACUGGUCAUACAGAAUGCGCGUCCUCAGGCGCAGUUGCAACAACAGCAACCACAACAAUUACUGCGAAUUUUGGGUACAAAUGGAGCAACCAUGCAACUUGCUGCCGCUACACCCACCUUUAUAGUGUCCUCACAGGCCAACCUCAUACAACAGACUGCAAAUCAUAUACAAACGAUUAAAACAAAUCCACAAAAUCCGGCCAUAACCCAUCUGACAGGCUUGCAUGCCGCGCUCUCGGCAUCAAAUCAGCAACGAUCUCAACAGCCGUUCACCACAACGGCCACCAUAAACACCAGUCACCUGCUGGGUCCUAGCGUAGCUGCGCAACUGCAAAAUCUGCAGCUAGCCGCGGCAGCGGCAAAUGGCGGCAGUAUAACCCAAAUCCAAAUGCCGAACGGACCACAGACAAUUUUGUCACAGUUACCGGCGCAAUUUCAGCAGAGCUUGAACAAUGCCGCUGCUGGUGGUGGUUCACUCAUCAAUUUGAAUCAGUUAAGUGGUGCCAAUAUACAACAACUGGCAGCUGCUGCAGCAGCGGCGGGUGCCACCUUCCAAACACCACCACCGCCACCAACAUCUUCCAGCGCCAAUGUGGAACUUUUUAAUGCGCAACAAAAUUCGCUGCCCAGUUUAACUCAGAACACCUCCCAUGCGUCAGAACCAACACGACAAUCGACGCCGACUUUGGUGCAGAAUACUGGCGCCACAGUGACAAUAAAUCAACAACAACUGACAAACGGACUUCAAGGCAGCACACUGAUGAGCGCUGGCUCUACGAAUAAUGGCACAGUAAAUGCUUCAAUACAAAUCCAGCAGCAGCAGCAGCAGCAGCAACAACAACAGCCACCGACUGAACCAAAAAAGAAAGCUAAGCCUCGCAAAAAGAAACAACCUGCUGCCAGCGCAGCAUCAGCAGCCGCGGCUGCCAUUCAGUCACCGGCGAUAACAACAACUGCGCCUUCACCAUCACCUACGCAAGUAAAGAACAACAUAAAUGCUGUACCCUCUACAUCAACAGCAAAUGCGAUAGCAAGCAAAUUCAACACGCCUGCUGCGAGCAUGAGUUUCAACGCGAGCGGUAUGCCGCAACUGCAAUUUACGCAAACUUCACCUCAAAAUGUAAAGCUAACUUUCACCAAUAGCAACAAUGUGAACAACGCACCGAUUCAAAUCAACCCAUCGCCGCAACAGCAACAAGAACAGGCGCGUCCAAAACUUGACCUUGGCAAUGUCAUGAAGCAAUGUGGUAUUAUGGAGGAUGAGUUGGAUGACGAAGAUUUUAUGGACUCAAUGUCAACACAUGACGAACGAGUGCCGACGCCAGCUACCAAUGCGACACAGUCGCACCCGCAGACAUCCACACAAGCACCGUCGUCAGCAAUACACUCGAACACACACACACCGGCACCACCGAACCCCAACGAUAUUAUGAUCUCGAUACCCAGUCAGAACGGCACGGACUCCCUGCCGUUUACAGUAACAAUACCGGCAUCGGCGGCGUUAAGUGCUGCUGGUACCUCUAACAAUAGCGGACACGACCAUACGACUGAGCCACAUAACAUCUUUAUUAAGAUAGAUCAAAAUGACACAGCUUCAACGCCGUAUACAAUCUCGAUACCGCGACUGCCAACUGCAGAGGAGAUUCAGCAACAGGCACAACAGCAUUUAGCGCAACAAGCAGCUGCAGCAGCGGCCGCCGCCGCCGCAGCUCAACAACAACAACAACAACAACAGCAGCAGCAACAAAGCAAUAAUAAAUUGGCGCCCCCAACCAUGAACUUCACCUUGUCCGCGGGUAAUUUGCCACAAUUGCAAGCAAUGCAGCAGCAACAACAACAGCAGCAGCAGCAGCAACCGCCUCCACAGCCGCUUUUUAAUAUUACGGCCAGCGGUGCUUCGCUGCAAUUGCCGCCGUCAUCCAAUAGCAAUCCCACAGUAGCCAUAACAACACCUGCAACCACGACAACAACAACUACGACGGCAACAGUAAAGCCGCGUCGUAAACCGGCGGUGCGACGCAAUGGUAAAAAGCAAGACGCCAAUAAUGUAUCAACGCCAGCAGUGUCCACGGCGUCAACUACAGUCAGCGCAACACCGACAUCAAUAACUACAACAACAACGACCACGAACAGCGUGUCUAUGAUGCCAUCCCUGACUACCACAAUCACGCCGGCCAUGCCCACUUCGUCAGCUGCGCAACAGCAACAGCAACAGCAUGGCGUUGGUAACGCCUCAACUUCUCACACAACAACAUCACCGGUACUAACGUCAACGACAUCAACAACAGCUUCCUUGGCCACAACGGUGACGGGUGCGCCGCAAGUUCCUAGCCAAAUUGGCAAUAUACAAAUAUCGCAGGUGGACGCAACGAAAAUGCUGCCAAAUCAUAAUGGUGGCGGUGCUGUGGAGAAUAAAAUUCAAAUAAUGCCGAUUUUGGAUAGCGUUACGGGUACAGGUGGAGGAGGUUCCAACUUUAAGUUGACAGCAAUGCCACCGACUUCGCAAUAUCAAGCACAGUCGCAGCAGCAUCAACUGCUACAACAACAACAACAGCAGCACCAACAACAACAGCAAAAUCUCUUUCAGCCACCAACGUCGCACACUCAGGCAAACGUACAAACACAGGAUCCACCCGCCGCAACAAUCAAAUUAGCCUCCGAUGGCCGGCAGGUGCAGCUAGUAGCCAUACCACAAACAUCGGGCCCACCCGCCAUGCCACCGGCAACACUGGUUUCAACUAAUCAAACACCAACAGUACAACAACAACCCACCAAUUCGAUGGCUUCUGGCAGUGGAAGUACUAAUAGUAGCAUUCCAGCACCGCCGCCCACAUCCACUACCAUACUACCACCCCAAUUCACCGGCAUGCCGAGCAAUGUAUCGAUAUCGGUGGGUUCGCCGGCAACAGCAGCUGCGCUUCUGCCACAACUCACCGGUAGUCUUACAUUGGCCGUAUCGGAGCAGGGCGAUUUGAUAUUACGACACAAUGCCAAUCAGCCACAGGACCAACAAUCGCAACUCCUACUGCAGGCACUGCUCAAAGGUGCCUUGCCAAAUGUGACAAUAAUCAACGAGCCGACCAAGUUGGACAGUAGUAGUAAUAGCAGUGGUAGCAGCAGCAGCAGCGGCGGCGGCAACAAUAACAACGGCGGUGCUGCCAACAACCAGCAGAACCAGCGUGUUGGAUUGAAUCCCGCCACACCACAACUGCCGACACCUCCGGUGUUGAACAGCGCGCUGCAGUCUCAGCAAACUAAAACGAUGAUCGUGUCCGGUGGUAGUGCGGGUGCCAUAAGUAAGAUUACGCUGCCUGCGCAUAUGGCGGCACACGUGGCAGGGAAAACGCCCACAAUACAAUUGCAGUUCAAUACUGCGGCCGCGACUGCUACUGCGGCUGCUGCAGCUGUGCUGUCGAGCAGCGCUGCAAAUACGGGUACAACUACGAGCGGACCGUCACUGCAGCUACAGUUGCCACAGCAAUCACCGCAACAGCAACAUCAAAAACAACCGCAGCAGCAGCAGCAACAGCAAGUCAUGAGCAACGCGACACGAACGUCGGAGAUUACCCAACAGUUUUUGCAACAGCAACAGCAGCCACAACCAAUGCUUCCGCAGCCGCAGAGCAAUACAUCGCUUGGUGCCGCUUCGCUGGCCGCUCAAAAUCAGCAACGUUAUGUCUCCCUACCAAAAAUAAAUGCUGCUACACAGCAAAUAUUCUCGCUGAACAGCGAGACCAACCAAAUCACACCCAUUAGUCCGGCACAAACCGCCGCUUCAAUCGGACCCAAUGAACGUCUGUUGAUCGCGCCAGCCGGCAUUAAUGCCCAGCAAUUGGCACAGUGCCUACAAUUGGGUCAAAUACAUUUCAACGAUGUGAAUCCGUUGCCGCCCACCACACAACCGCAACCAGCGUCAGGCAUGGGAAUAAACCCGGCGCUGAACGCCAACCAACAAGCCGCACAGCUGCAGCAGCAACAACGUUUAGGACCACAGCAGCAAAUUGUGCAUCCGCAGCCCAUACAACCACUAAGUAAUGUGUCGAGUGGGAUCAGCACUAGCAGCAGCGUCAAUACAACUUCGACCACCGUGACCAAGCAGGUAGCAAAUGUGGCGCCCAUUAUUGAUCAGAGCAAAGCCAAAUUAGAGCCGCCGAAAGCCGCAACGCCAACUGGAGCGGUUGCCAAAAAGAAGCCAGUGCGCAAGCCGAAAGCUACAACCACCGCAGCUGAUGUAGCAAGCGGAACGGCAGGCAUUAAAAACGCAAGCGUUGUGAAGCCCAUGCCCAAAUUGGAUCCACUGUCACAGAAGCCGAACAAUAACCCAGUGCAGAUAGUCCAACCGAAUGUGGCUAGCGGCAAGCAAAUAGGUGCUGCCGCGGCGUCUGGCAAUCUGACAACAACAACGGCUGGUAACAAUAGCAUACAACCGUUUCAGACGCUACAACAAACGACAAAGUUGGUUGGUGUUACGGCGCCCAUGCAGCAGUUGGCCACCUCCGCUACGAAUGCUCAACCGCAACAACAACAACAGCAGCAGCAACAACAAGUGCUGUCAUCAAGCAGUGCGUCAAUAAUCGUGUCAUCGUCAAAUAUGCGGAGCUUCGUGAGCAAUGCAAAUGUUGCAGGCGGCUCUACCACACUCGCGAACAGCAACCUUAGUGGCACUGCUAACACCAGCAGCAGCAGCGGCGCCACUCUUGUAACGCCGACUUUCACAAACAGCAAUGAGCCACCGUCAUUAGCGGCACUGAACUCAGCGAACAACACCAAUGUUAUGCAACAACAGCUGGCGCCAACAACGCUCGCGCAACCUCAACAAUCGCCGCAGCCACAACAACAGCAACAGCACACAGUGUCACGUGUACAAACCAUUCAAUUGACCGCCCAACAGCAACAAAUGUUCAAACAAGUGCAAAUGCAAAUACAAUUCCUCACCAUUAAGCUGCAGCAUAAGUCGAUGCUCACAUCACUGCCACGACCGCCAGACUUUGAUCCGACUAUCAUCGCCGCCUACAACAAACCCAUGAGCGAUGCCGAGAUCAAUGUAGCGCUACAGCGACUUUACACCGAGCAACACCGCAUUUUAGCGGCGGGUAAGGAGAUGCCUACGCCCGAAGCGUACCUUCAGAUGCCACCCAUAGGCAGCGGUCCUGGCAUAACGCUGAUGGCGCAACCGCAACAAAUACAACAACAGCAACAGCAGCAGCAGCAACAGUCAGUCGGUGUUGGCAAAGUGAACCAAACGGGCAUACCGGCGAAUGUGGUGCAACCCAAUAAUCAUUCAUCUACGACUAUUGGUGCGACCACUUUGAGCGGUGCGGUGGCGGCGGCACAACAGGUACAGCUACAAUCGCAGGCACAGGCCCAGGGUGGAGUUACACAUAGGAUUCACGUAUAUCCUAUGCAGCAUCACCAAACUGUUCAACAGAAUAAGCAGCAGCAGCAGCAGCAGCAACAACAACAACAAUCGAAGCCACCAGCGACGACGCCUCGUGGCAACGUCAAUUCCGGGUCCAGCUCCAAUAGCAACAACAGCAAGGGCAAGAGCUUAGCGACCGGACUGCAACAGCAACAACAACAACAGGGGGCGCAGAAUAUCAACAGCAACAAUAGUGGCUUGGCGCCUUUAAGCCAACAGAAGCAACAACCAACGCUGGUGCCUGUAGCCAAGGCGCCUGCUUUGCACUAUCAGCAACAGCAGCAGCAAACGCAGUCACCUCAGCAACAGCUGCAACAGCAACAACAACAACAACAACAACAUUUUAUGCUACAAAAGCCCGUAGCAGUAAACAGCAGCAGCGGCAAUAGUACAAACGUCAUGAACGGUCCACCGCCGUUGGUAUUCUCCAACCCUUUGAUGGCGGCGGCGGCGGCGACAACAAAUAACGCAAGCACAACAUCAGCAGCGGUAACUCUUUUCGCGACGAACGCAAAUGGGUUCUUACAACAACAACAACAACAACAACAACAACAACAACAACAACAACAACAACAAACGCUGCAACAGCAGCAGCAGCAGCAACAGCUAAACCACUUCUGCCAAAGUGUGGCCACCAGUCAACCGACAAUCGCCAACCCAACCAGCUUUGCUUUUGCAAGUACAACAACAACAGCGUUUACCACCUCUAAUCAAAUAAAUACGAUGGUGACAACUGCCGCCACUUCAGCGACUCCAACUCCAAGCAACACUCCAUCUCUAGCCUCCACCACUGAAGUUAAUCCAACAACAGCAGCAGCGACAAAUGUCAUAGCAACAGCUGCGGUCGGUGCAACAGCGAUGGCAAUGUCAAGUGCAACAACAACUCUGGCCACGCCAACACCCGCGGUACAACUGCAGGGAAAUAUCUCGUCAUUUGCAUUAGCCAACACCCACAACACAGCCACCCCAACGACAGCCGCCACAAUGACGACAGCGGCAAUGCUGGGCACUCAUAUGAUCAAACACGAAGAGAGCUUGUCGCCGCAGCCGAAACUUGCACGUCUUUCUUUAUUUCUCCAGCAAUUAGAGUUGGAUCAGCAGGCGUGUCUGAAACCCGAUUAUCUAAAUCCCUUCCAAGACAAGGAGGAGGCGGUUAAACGUCUAAUAAGAUAUCAUUGCAUGUUUGAAAGUGUUGAGGAUCUGCCAUAUGAGGAUGAUGAACGUUUCGAGCAGACGGCUGUGCAAUAUCAGGAAAAAUACCACAAAAUCUCCAGCAAAUAUCAAAAAAUACUGAUGCAAGAGUCGUCGCUGGAGCAUCGCACAUCAGAAACUUGUCAAAUCCAACAACUAAUGAUUGAUGAUCUAAGAACCGAAAUGGAGCACUUGCGAAAUGGCGGGCGAGAGCUGGCACUGUACGAGCAACAACAGCAGCAACAGUCACAGCAUAAAGAGAUGCAUGAACACGAACAACUCGAACCGAAGACUGAGUCCCAGUCGAUAACAACAGCAAUAACAACAUCAGCACAGGAGUUAAAACAAGAGUUGAAAACUGAAAAAGACGAGCCAGGUGCGACUGAGGGUGAUAAACUGAGUUUAAAUUUUGACGCUGCAUUUAAAUCAUUUGAAAUCAAAACUGAGCCAUUUCAUGGUGGCAAUGUGAAAACUAGCGACACGGGCUUGUCAAGUGCAGCAACAGUAGCUGCAGCAGCUUCAACGUCAGCACCGCAACCCUCGCCAGUUUUGGACAAAUUUGACAUUUUGAAACAUAGCAGCGGCAAUAUUCCUCCAACAGAUAGUGCCAACAGAAAUAAACAACAAUGCGUGACGCAGACUCAACCACAACAACAACAGCAACACAAGCAACAGCAGCACCACCCACAACAACCGCAAGAAAAGCAACAAAACGAGUUGGUGGCGAAAAAAGAUGAUAAACGCGGCUGGCAUAAUGCAACUGCGGCGCGCCCAGCAUCCUAUGCGAAUACAAACAUGCCCACUUUCGAAUCAGACGCUGGCAAAGAUAAGUUUACUGCGUCUAAUUUCUAUUCAAACUGCAGCAAACAGCUUAACGGUACAAUAAAAAGAGAGCAUGCGCCGCCAGCAGCUUAUGUUAAGAAAGAAUUUGAAAACUUCGAUAUAGAAUCCGAAAUAACGCCAAGCUUCAUAAUGAAAAAGGUGGAGCAUAAGGAGGUGGAGUCGACGGUGCCUGCGCCAACGCCCUCAGCACACGUGAAUAGCACCAAAUCGCAUGGCAAGAAUGCCAGGGGGAAGAGCGAUCGUGGCAAUACGCUUGCGACGGAGCAGCAGCAGCAGCAGCAGCAGCAUCGACAGCAACAACCCAAUAAGACAACUGCAAAUGCGUUAAGUAAUAAUGACUUUGCUGCACAGUAUUUGCAGCAUAACUCCAAACAACAACAAUUGCAACAGCAACAGCAAUUGAAGCAACAGUUAGAACAACAACAAAAACAACAACAGCAGCAGCAGCAGGAAGACGAUUGGCUCUGCCUUCAGAAGGAGUUGAAUCUAAUGAAUUCAGAGAAUAAAAUGCCACUGCAGAACGAACAGCAGCAACAACAACAGCACAUGAAUCAUUUACAUCAACAGCAGCAGAUGUCAGCGAAAGCUCAUAACCACUAUGAGAACUCACCGAACAAUGACAGUGGCAGCAGCAGUAUGACCACGGUCAACAGCGGACACUCCAGCCAUAUGGUGGAUCUCUUUCCGAAUGGCUGUAUCAACAAAAACGACCAGUUUAGCCCCAGUAGCAGUGACUCAAGUCAACAUCAACACCAACAGCAAUUGAAUUGUGACCAGCAUGGCUUGCAAUCCGCCGAUGACAAGCAGCAGCAGCAGCAAAAACUGCACCAACGCUACCAAAGCCAAUUGGAAGAAGAGCAUCAGGACACACACAAUGAACUGCCACCGAUCAAUGAGUUCUUCGACUCCGGCGAUGAUAUGGCCGACGUGCACAAAUCAGUGGAGACUCGGCUAGAGGCAAUGUUCGGUGAAUCGCCUGUCCAUUUAAAUAAAAGCGAUGGCAGCGAUGCAGCCGACAUCGAGGCUGGGUUGGAAGAUAUUUUUGGCGACAGGAAAUCCGAAAACGACAAUAUGGACUCAAAAUCGAAGCAACAACAACAACGUCUGUGGGAUAGCGAGCUAUCUGCAGCGAAUAGUUUUAUUCGUAGCACAAACGCGCAAGAGAAUGUGUUGUUCGAAAGUGAGCAACAACAAAUACAACUCAAUCAAGAACACAUUACACAAAGCAUGCAAUUGAACAUAACAAACGCAUCAACACGUUGGAUGCAGAAUAUCGAUGGUCCCUUCGGAGAAUUCAUAACCAAUGCGAGCGGGGAUGACUGCGAUGCGUCGCGCAAAAGGCGUUGGAACGCCGAGUUAAUGUCGGCCGAUGCAGAUGAUACUAUGGACGGUGCAAAGAAGAUGUGCCACAUGUCCAGCUCGUCCAGUUCGUCGACAUCACCGAUAUCCGCACAACAACAGCGCUCGCAUCAGCAUCACGAAAGCAUCAUGGAGGCUGAUCUGCUGUCACUGCACGACGGUAUACGCGUGGAACCCGCAGCCGCGCAAAUGUUGCAAAUGUCUGCACAACAGCAGGCCGUCUUCUGUCAGACACAACAUCAGUUUGGCAAUCUCUUGGAUGGCGUCGAUCAUCAUCAACAGCAUUUUAGCAACGCUCAACAACAACAGCAACAGCACGAACUUCAACACGACAUGCAACAACAAUCACAUCAUCAGCUGCACUCACAUCUGCAGGCGCAUAUGCACAAUAAUCACAUUGGCGGCGGUGACUUUGAUGACGACAUCAGUCGACACGUGCAGAAUGCCAUCGACAGCAUUUUAAACUUGCAAAACAGUGAGUCGGCCGAUUCACUCAAUUUCUCACUGGAUCACUCGAUGGGCUCACUGCUCGGCGAUAGCAUACUUGACGACCGACAGCAACAACAAGCUACAUUGAAUUGUCCAGACGGUGUGAAACGAAGACACCACCUCGUUGAUGAGUUGGGCGACUGUCUCAUUAGCGGUGGUGGCAGUGGCCCGGCCGCGGGUGAUAAUGCGAGCAACAUUUUGCUAGAUAGCAGUCAACAUCAUCACGUGCAACAACAACAGCAGGCGUUGUUAAAUCAUACUAAUCUACAGGGUAUGCAGCAAAACAAUCAUCAGCAUCACCUGCAUCAACAACAGCAGCAGCAGCAACAACAACAACAACAGCAGCAGCAGCAGCAACAACAAACGCAGCAGCAAUCGUUAUUGGCCAACGAUUUCAGUUGUGUAGCAGCUGGCUUGGUUGAUGAGGCGGUCAAGUCGAUAAUGACCUCCUGACAACUUACUGCAGCGGAUCAACAGCAGCAGCAGCAACAGCAGCAACAGCCAUCAGCAGCACCUGUAACAAAACAACGCACAGUAGCGAGAACGACAACAACAGCAGCAGCAGCAAUAACGGCAAUUGCAGCUGGUAAUAUGAUUGGGAAUAGUCGUGGCAACAUGGCAAACAGUGGCGUAAUAUUGGAAUUCAACGCGAGCGCCUUAUGAGCUGUGGGUUUUAAGAGAACUACUUCGUAGUAGAAUGAGUGUAGCGUCUAAGAGAGAGGGAGAUAGAGAGAAAGAGAGAGAGAGAGAGAGAGAGAGAGAGAGAGAGAGAGAGAGAGACAGCUACACAGAGCAUUUGUUUGUAGUUUGUGAAAUAUACUUUUUUAAGGCCCUGAAACUACCACUACCAGCUGUACGUAGGGAUCACAUGCGUCCUCAAUAGAAAAGGGGCUUAAAAUUUAUAAUCAUUUUAAUAUUUAUCAAUAUUUUAUUUUUUUUAUGCCCUCGUUACAAUUUUAACAAAAUUACUCUAGUAGUCAUCAAAGCCAAAAGCGCACAUACUCUUUUAAAACUAAUUUCAAACUUUAUUUUACGUCAAAAAAAAAUAUUUUUUUUUUAUUUUGUACCAUACAACACUACAAAAAAUAGAGAUUGUUUUUAUUGUAAUAAAUUAUUGGCUUAUUCACGGGUGCACGUGGUCAAAGAAAAUAUAUAAUAUAUAUUUUGAUGCUAAAAUUAGAUUUUAUUGUAUACAUUUUACCUAUUUUGUUCAA